UAUAGUUCCGGUUACACUCUUUUUGUUUGCCGCGAUAUCUAUUGUCGAGUAGCAAUACUGAGAGUUCCGCUACUCGAUGCUUGAUGUCGGCUACGUAAAUAAUAUGCGUUUUGGUACCAAAACUGAUGUAUGGAGUGAGCACUCUAUGUACUUCUUAUUUCUCUAUGGUGGUACAUAUUGUGAAAUGUAGGUAGGUAAUGGGUACUUAAAUACUUACCUUAAUAAGCAACCGCGACUACACUUACCAACCGCAUACGCACAGUGAAUAGGCUUUUAAUUUAUAAUGUCUGAUGGUCAGCACAGCUUUUUACUUCUAGAUACGAGUGUAAUAAAUCCAUCCCUCUGUAAAAUCAUCUCCAUUCUUUUUCUGUAAAUAGGGUAUGUCGUAGGUAAUCCAUAUUGUGACAUCAGGAAAUUUAUGUAGCUUUUUUAACAAGGUACUUUGUGUGUUCGUGGUUUUCGCUUUGUUCAUAUUAUUAUACUCUUUGACAAAGAGCAUAUAAUCACUACGUUCUAUCUAUCGAUCCUCUGCAUUCGUGCGAUAGAGAGGUAGAUAGCAUAAUACUCAUUUUCUUAGGCCCUCUGUAUUCCAUGUCGAUGACCUUUACAUUGUAAGUGCACCGCACCUUGUGAGUAACGAAACGCAGUUGUGUCAAAUCAAUAAACCCGACCAAAAUAAGUAGGUAAGCUUUAACCUAAAAGUUUCCCAAUAAGCAACGCCUAUGCAAAUCGUUAGUGCUACACAGUAGAAAUCGACAAAUAAUAACACUUGAAUUAUUGAAUAUUUUCACUGUUAGCUUAAGAAUUGAAUAUAAAAUAUGCAAUACAAACCAACAAUAUAGUGAGAAAAUAGUGUUCGCUAAGUAUAGAUCCAGUUAUAGUGCCUAAUUUGUACAAAAUGAGUGGAACGAACAUUAUGGGAAUGCCGGAGGAUGUAUCGAAACAGUGGGAAAUCCUUCUGCUUCUGUUGUCUUCUGAAGAAAAGAAGAUAGACAGAACGUGCGACUGUGAAGUGGACACGAUGAACUACUUCUUGAAGAAUGAAGGAGUGAGAAAAAUUCUUCUCCACUGGCUGAGCCAAAUGCGUUCAAGCUACGCCCGUAAGACCAGCGACUCCGACACUGCCCUCAAAUGUGACUCCGUCUCCCUGCUGUGGCGACAGCGGGGCAAUGAGAAGUUCAGAGCCAGUCAGCUGCUGGACAGCUACGAGUGUUACAACAAGAGUGUGCUGUAUGCGACGCAGGAUGGAGAUAUGUUCCCUCUCGCUCUGGCUAAUAGGUCUGCCGCGCUGCUCAGGAUGAAGAGAUUUAAGGAAUGCCUCUCCGACAUAUCCCUAGCCCUGUCGCACGGGUACCCGCGCGAGCAGCGUCAUAAGCUGCUGCUCCGGCGCGCCGACUGCCACGCGGAGCUCCGGGCCCGGACUGAAGCCCUGGCGGCGCUGGAUGAAGCGAGGGCCCAUGCGGCGGAGCUAAGACUGUCUCCGGCGAGUACUGCGGAGUUCGAGCGGCUAGUAAAAAUAAUGGAAAACAAAAUGGCCGCCCAACAAGAAGCUGAAGUGAAGAAAGAGGAGCCUUUGCCCGAGCUGUACAUGGGCGAGAACCCCAACUUUGUGUCCGCGUCUAAUGCUAUAGAGUUAAGGCAAAACGAAACCGUAGGGCGGCACGUUGUGACGACCGCGCCAACACGUCGAGGCGACGCGCUGUUCUCGGAGGAGCCUUACGCGUGGGUGGCGCUGCCCUCGCCGGAGCCCGUCUGCGAGGGCUGCGGGGGCGCGGGCGCCAACCCUGUGCCGUGCGUCACAUGUUCCCGAGCUACAUACUGCUCAGUGGACUGCCGGGUCUCAGCGACCCACCACCGCUGGGAGUGCCCCGGGGCCACGUUCAAUCUCUACCCCACUAUUGGCAUCGCCCAUCUAGCCCUCAGAGUCCUCUUAGUAGGCGCGGAGGACGGCUUCCCCCCACUUCCCCCCUCAGAUAACCCCCGGACCGCUAUGGAGCUUUUUCAGGGCUAUGCUCACGUGAAAGUGCCGCUGUACGCGCGCCAGACGCAUCCCUUCCACAGGAUGUUUGGGCUGCUCAACAAUUUCGAUAAAAUGAACAACACAGACUACAUACAGUAUGCGCUGACCGCCACUAUGCUAACAUUAUAUUUGGAGAAUUACACGAAAUUCUUCAGUUACCUGCCUUCCAGGGUGCCUUACCCAUUGUCUCAAGGUCAACUGCGCCUGUUCGCAGCAGCCCUCCUCCUCCGGGCGAUGGGCCAGCUGGUCUGCAACGGGCACGCGACCCUCAGCCUGGCCACGGUGGACCACGAGGACGGACGGACAGUGAGCGAGCGAGAGGUCCGACGUGCGACAGCUAUAUACCCUUCGGCGGCCAUGAUGAAUCACUCGUGCGACCCUAACAUCAUUAACACAUUCUAUCGGAAUCGCCUGAUCGUAGUGUGUGCACGUGAACUGCCAGCGAAUACCGAGGUAUUCAACUGCUACGGGCCUGCGCGGUCCCGCGAGCCGGCCGCGCACCGCCGCGCUUCUCUACGAGCACAAUACAUGUUCACCUGCAACUGCGACGCGUGCACCGACCCCCAGGACGGGGUGUUGCUAUUCUCCGCAUACUUAUGCCAGUCGUGCAAAGGCCCAGUAAUAUGCGGUGGCAGUGCCAAGCGGGCCCAGUGCCAGCAAUGCCACGCGCCCUUCCAACUGCAAGGAGCCCUGGACACCUUGGAGCGAGCCAACGAGCUGCUAUUGCAAGCGGAACGCGCGCCAUCUGUAGAAGCUCGCAUUGAGCAUGCCCACGCCGCCUACAAGCUAAAACAACAAGUGCUACACCGCCACCACGCCUCGCUGCGCGCCGCCGCCGAUCGCCUAGCUAGACACUACGCCGACGCCGGUGAAUUCACGAAGAGCGUGGAGCUGAUCAAACAGAACAUUCAAAGCCACGAAUACCAGUUCGGGUCGUUUAGCGUCGAGGUGGCGCACGAGCUGAGGAAGCUGUCGGAUGUGAUGCUGGAGAGGAUCUACAACUCGCAGCAGAACCCCGACUACCGAGACUGGCUGCUAGAGACCCACAAGAUCCUCAACAAGGCCGUUCAGCUGACGUCCCUGAACUACGGCACCUGGGAGCCUCUUGUGGCGCGCCUGAAGGAACACGAGGCCUACGCGGCUGCGCUGCUCGCCGAGAGCCGCGCGCCUCCCGUACAAUCCGUACACCGCGAUCUGCAUUACAACCUUAAGAUAUAGCCCGCCUGUCGCCGAAUAACAGGGUGACGUCGUUGCAACCACAAAAUAUCGUAGUAACCAUAAAAAUUGCAACCCCAAAAUAUUCUGACUGCAACCCCAAAACGUUCUCAUCGCAACCCACAACAUAUUUUAAUACGAACCCAAAAUCAUUCUUAUGACAACCUAAAAAUAUUCUGACUGCAACACCCAACACAUUCUUAUUACAACCCCAUAUCAUUCAUAUGGUAACCCAAAAAUAUUCUCACUGCAACCCCCAACACGUUCUUAUUCCAACCCCAUAUCAUUCAUAUGGUAACCCAAAAAUAUUCUCACUGCAACCCCCAACACGUUCUUAUUCCAACCCCAUAUCAUUCUUAUGGUAACCCAAAAAUAUUCUCACUGCAACCCCCAACACGUUCUUAUUACAAUACCAAAAUAUUAUCAUAGUAACCCCAAAAAAUCUUAUUUCAGCCCAAAAAAUUCCACAAUUACACAAAACAUUUUAUUAAUUAUAACCUAUACAUUCAUAUAAAAGUACAGGCUGAACAUUAUUACAAUCCAAAAACAACUUGAAUAUUAAUAAUCUCUGUGAGGCGGGCGUUCUUAACAAACUAAUAUUUAAACACGAACCAACGUAUCAUACGAUUUUCAUAUCGACACGAUGUGAUAAACACAAAUUAUAAAUAAAAAAAUAGAAUAUAUAAAAAGGUCUACUCCCAUCUGUGCGCGCCGCCGACAAGUGGGACACACCUAUAAAAGCUAUGUGCCAAUCACAAAGAAAAAUGAUGAAUUAAAUGGAGUAAAAUUUUGUUUUCAUUAAUAUUUGGCACGGUCUUAUAGGAUACAUGACAAUACAAAAUAUAUAGUACAGUUUUGAAAAUGUUUACUAAUUAUUGUACUAAUUCGUGUAACAUGGAAAUUACUUUCUGUUUAAAUUUACCUAUUAAAUAUAGAUUUUAAACUUUCAAAAUGUCGGACUGUUUACGAAUAUUUUGUACUAUAUUUUUUUUUUUUUUUAUUAAGUAGAAAAUAAAUGUUUUCCGCCAAACAUUAUGUAUGGAAACAUAGUUUUAAAAAAUAUAUGUAAUAGUCCACCUCUUUAUUUCAUAUUUGUUUAUUGCAAAACUUAUACAAUAACACACACUUAACAAUGCCUGAUCAGUAAUAUAUGAUCACGCGCCAUGUUGCGGAAUUUCAUUGGAACUAAUUUUUUCAUACUAAACUAAACAGUCAUUCUAUAUGAGAAUAACAGCGCCCUCUUGACAACGAUCAUAUAUUUCUGGUCGGGCUUUAUCAUUCAAUAUCAUAAGCAAAAAUGAUUGUAACCUGUAGCCGUCCACCAUACAAGCAAAACUUGGUAGUCAAAUUUGAAUUUGAAAAUAGAAUUUAAUUUGUUUUGUUUAAAUAUCGAACGGAACAAAACAAAAACAACUGUUCCAUUUAAAAAUUAUUCAAAUUUCAUUGCAAGUAAUUUGUACUAGUAUUAGGAUUUUGAAACCCAAGAGGUUAAGUAAUUUAAUCUGUGUUAGUCACAUUUGGAAUUGAAAUAUUUUAUUCUACUGUAUUUUCUGCACAUCGAAUAAUUUAUGUGAUUUAGGAUUUCAUAUAUAAUUACGGUAACUUAAUUCUCAUCAGUAGCUGCCUUCCCGCUGAGGAGACAUGCAAUAGGGUUGUUUCCAAUUUUUUGAAACGCUUGUAUUACGUUCUAUAUUAACUAAAAGUUGCCCUAAAAUACAAAUUUUAUACUAAAAACGGCUUUAAAUAUGUUAAAUUAACAAAAUAUAUUUUGACAGAUGCUUUCGCGCCCAAAACGCUCUUUGAAAAUUGUGUGACCUCACAGUUUACGGUUUGACACAUAACUACAUACGCACGUAGAAGAUACGAACUGUCAACUGACAUUUGUCAUUUGUUGUUUAUCGCCUAACUGUCAACAGUGUCAAUCCGAGAGUUGUGACGUCAUCAGAAUCUUCAAAGUCGUUUCGAGUUUGGUCAUGUGACGUGCGCCACCAGAUAUUUUAAAUUCAAUAUUAACAAAAAUAUGGUCAUUACAGGUCCCCUAAAAGUAGUUUAACAUGUUCUUAUAAUCCAAAAGAAUUUAUUGGAAUAUAAUUCUGCCCUAAGAUUUGUAGAUGGAAACAACCCUAUUGGCCAGGAGCAUUGGUUCUCUUCGCCGCACCGCCGGAUUACAACUAAUAUAAAAAAAUAAAUUGAUUUUACUUCAGGCAAGCACCCAGAGAAUUUAAUUUUAACUACCUAUACAAUGUGAAAUGACACGUGUCAAAAGUAAAAAAAAAAAUAUUUUUUAAUUGCAAUUUAAAAUAAAAUAAAUCAAAAUAUACAUCGUGUCAUUCACGAAAACGUGUGUCAAGCGUUAUGUCAUGUUAUUACAGGUUAGAUUUGUUAAAAUGGUGCGUCAUCGUGGAUGACACGUAGCAUGGGUUGAUUCCCGCACGUCUCUCAACUUCACCCCAGUGGGAAGGUAGCGUUAUACCCAUAGAUCAGGUUAAUAAUUAGAGCAUAUGAGUCGACUCAUGAUCACAUAUUGGCGUUAGAGCGCAAGCAUUUCUUUCGGAUAUUAGGUCAUUACCUAUGAAAUUGGCGUUUUGUAUGGAGAACUUUAACGAAAUUCGAUUUUUCAUACAAUGAAUUUUGCGGAUUAUUUUGUGAUGGCAUUUUCAAACCAAACAAGUUUUGCCAGUAGUCUGAGUCAUUUUUAAGACACAUUUUCUAUCUCAUUUUUUUUUUUAAUCUGUCCCGUCAGAGAAAUAUAAGUCAUUUAAAUACUCGAGCCGUCAGCACAUGAAAAGAGCUGUUUUCAGGGCGGUAUUCUGAAUACAUAAAACAAUAAAGGUAGCAAAUAAUUGUAUGUAAAAUCGUUGUUAUGUAGCGCACUAAUGGAAUUAAAAAAUACUUCGAAGUUACUAUUAAAAUAAAUAAACUAUGACAUGACUAAUACUUAUGAACAAAAACGCCAAUUUCAUAGGUAAUGACCCAAUAUGUUGCACUUUUACUUAUAAGGGCUUAGAGUCAGACCAAGAUAAGUUAGCAGCGAUUUUUGACAGCCCAGACAGUGCAAGUUUAAAUGUUAAACUUAAUAAUAAAAUAAUAAUAAUUCAGCCUAUAUACGUCCCCCUGCUGGGCACAGGCCUCCUCUCAUGCGCGAGAGGGCUCGGGCUAUAGUCCCCACGCUAGCCCAAUGCGGAUUGGGGACUUCACAUACACCUUUGAAUUUCUUCGCAGAUGUAUGCAGAAAUGUUAAACUUAGGCUAUAAAAAUCGUUGCCAAUUUAAAUUGGUUUGACUUAUCCUGCCGUAGGGCCUUAUUAUCGUGGCCGACGUCGGCACCAACCUCGCGCCCGAGCAAGAACGUUUCCCGUUUCACGAAAUAUAUCAAUUUUUGACAUGGAAAAAUAAUUUCUGUCGAAAUGCAAAAAAUGUUUAAUGUAUCAAACAUUUUUGCAGUUGAACUAUUUUUAUUUAGGUACAUCAAGAAAUAUUGUAAACGAUGUGCUAAUGUGUCAUGGGUGUUUUCUAUGUAUUUAAGUAUUUAUAAAUAUUUAUAUAUUAUAUAUAUCGUUGUCCAAGUACCCUCAACAGAAGCCUUAUUGAGCUUACUGUGGUACUUAGUCAAUUUGUGUAAUAAUGUCCUAUAAUAUUUAUUUAGUUUAUUUAAUAUUUCGCGAAAACGAUCCUAUGGCCGAAUAUCGGGGCCGACGUCGCGGCCGAUCGUUAGCCGUCCGAAGGCAGGAUAAAUGUAAUACGCCCUUUAGAAAGCUAGCUACACACAUUUCAUACACAGUUCACACUUUUUCUAGAUUAAUGAAUCUAUGGAGAAUAAUAUAAUUAAGUCCAAUAAUCUCAAUGAGACGUUUUUGUACUGGGUUUAUUUUUAGAGUAAUAUCAAGUGCGCUCGAUUUUCAAUCGUACAAAAAGUUUAUCGCAAAUCAGGAUUACCAUCUAGGUUAGGAUUAAGUUAAAUGCUAGUAAAUAUUCGCAGGUCGAAAUAAAUAAGUGUUUAACUUAUGAAUCAAUUUUUUGUACGAAUGGAACACAAUUUCAGUUUCGUUUAAGUUAGGACUAAACAAUCAAAACACCAAAGUUGGCAAUAAUUUGGGAAUAACACUCAUUUUACGAAUUUUGAUGUUACAGUAAUUAGCUUUAACAUUUAUUUUAGUAGUGUUGGUAAAGACUCGAUUCUUAGUUUCUACUCGUGUCUACUCGUAUUUAUCUUUGACUCGAUUCUUUGUUUCUACUAGUGUCUACUCGUAUUUUUCUUUGACUCGAUUCUUAGUUUCUACUAGUGUCUACUCGUAUUUUUCUUUGACUCGAUUCUUUGUUUCUACUAGUGUCUACUCGUAUUUACCUUUGACUCGAUUCUUUGUUUCUACUAGUGUCUACUCAUAUUUAUCUUUGACUCGAUUCUUUGUUUCUACUAGUGUCUACUCGUAUUUUUCUUUGACUCGAUUCUUAGUUUCUACUAGUGUCUACUCGUAUUUAACUUUGACUCGAUUCUUUGUUUCUACUAGUGUCUACUCGUAUUUAUCUUUGACUCAAUUCUUUGUUUCUACUAAUAUUUAAAAGCUUUUAUUUAACUUGCCCUGUUAGUAUGUAUGGGACAAAUCUUGCAAGUUAAAUUUGACCCACUUCCCGGUUUCCGAUGAAGCUGAAAAUUUACAUACAUAUGUAAGUCGGGUGACAAUGCAAUAUUAUGGUACCGUCGAGCUGAUCUGAUGAUGGAGACAAGAGGUGGCCAUAGGAACUGUGUAAAACAACGCAACCUAAUGGUUUUUGGGGUUUUUUAAAUUGGUUCGUGCCUGUGGAAAGAAAAGUACAGUCAGCGAUAAAAGCUUGUACCAAAAUGAAUUUUUUGCCAAAAACUUAUUUUUACCGUAUGACCACCCAAAUAUAGUCCCAAAUGAACUCGAAUAUGUUCAUUUAGGCUGGACUAUUAUUUAAAUGUAGUAGUUCUAUGGCCGAAUAUGUUUACUCACACGAAUAAAAGACAAAGACGAAUAGAACAUUGGUAAUUGUAGGUACGUGGGCGAUACCGAAAGUACGUACAAAGAGCUACUUAAAUGUACUGUUAAAUAAAACAUUUACUGUUUGAAAAUAUAACUCUUUAUCAUUUUUUGAUUUACAAUGUAUUUAGGUGUGAUUUGUAUUUUAGGAAUGCUAGGAGUGUCAAAAUUGUGUGUUAUAACUCGAGAAUUUUUUUUAUUUUUAAGACUCGAGUCUUACCAACUCUAUUUCGGCAUAAUUCUCGACAAUCAACGUUUUAGAUAUUGUGAGUUUUACACGUAGAAUUGUAUAUACCUAGUAGGUGUUUUUGUAAUUAGUCAAAUAUUCAAAUAUAAGAAAGUGGUAUUGUAUCUAAUAUCGAUAUUGAAGUUUCCACAUUAAAGAUUAUUGCAGCAAU